UUCGUUCUCUCUCACAACAAAAGACAAAACAAAACUAAGCCAGCUCCUCUUCCCUUGGAACACAUUUUUGAUCAAAUCUCAACAAAACAACAAACAACAAAGUCCAAUUCCGAAGGAACCCAAGAUCGCGUUUCAGAAAACAUUGUAGCAUUUUUUCCUCAACCUUCUUCCUAACCCGCAUUGGUUUGUUCUUUUUCGGAAAUGAUUGAUGGAGUCUGGUGAGAGUGGGGGUUCGUCGGUUCGAGAGGUGCGUGCAAAUGGAAACAGCAUUAAAACAUCAGAAGUUGAGGCUAAGCUUGAUGAAGGGAAUAUUCAAGAAGCAGAAUCAGCAUUGCGAGAAGGCUUGUCUCUCAAUUUUGAGGAAGCAAGAGCUCUUCUUGGAAAGCUAGAGUAUCAACGAGGUAAUGUCGAAGGGGCUCUUCGUGUGUUUGAUGGGAUAGAUCUUCAAGCAGCCAUACAGCGAUUGCAAUCUUCCCUUUCUGAUAAACCAGCCAAGAAAGGAGGUGGCUCAACUUCCACGAGCUCUCAGCAUGCUGCUAGUUUGGUGCUCGAAGCCAUCUUCUUAAAAUCCAAGUCUCUACAAAAGCUGGGAAAGUUCAAUGAUGCUGCUAGUGAGUGCAAGCGUGUACUUGAUGCUGUUGAAAAGAUAUUUUCUCAAGGUAUACCUGAUGCUCAAGUGGACAGUAAAUUGCAAGAGAUAGUCAGCCAUGCCGUAGAGCUCCUUCCAGAGCUUUGGAAAGAGGCCGGUUGCUAUCCCGAGGCAAUAUCUGCAUAUAGGAAUUCCCUUCUUAGUCAAUGGAACCUUGAUAAUGAUUGCUGUGCAAGAAUUCAGAAAGCAUUUGCUAUGUUUUUGCUGUACAGCGGCGUGGAGGCAAAUCCACCCAGUUUGGCAGUUCAGACUGAAGGGUCAUAUGUACCUAAAAAUAAUCUGGAAGAGGCGAUUCUGCUUCUAAUGAUUCUUGUGAGAAAGUUUUGUCUUGGAAAGACAAAAUGGGACCCCUCGGUAAUGGAACACCUGACAUUUGCACUUUCAGCAUGUGGCCAAACCUCUGUUUUAGCAAAACAACUUGAAGAGUUGAUUCCUGGUGUAUAUCAUCGUAUUGACCGUUGGAAUUCAUUAGCGCUGUCUCUCAGUGCAGCUGGACAAAGCAAAACUGCUUUGGAUCUGCUAAGAAAGUCUCUGCACCGACAUGAACGACCGAAUGACAUGAUAGCAUUAUUAUUGGCUGCUAGAAUUUGCAGUGAGGAUCCUCAUCUUGCUGCAGAGGGUGCAGGCUAUGCCCAGAGGGCAGUCAAUAACGCUCGGGGUCUAGACGAGCAUUUAAGAGGCGUAAGCCUUCGGAUGUUGGGACUUUGCCUGGGAAAGCAAGCUAAGGCUGCUUCCUCUGACUACGAGAGGUCUCAUCUUCAGGCCAAAGCUCUCCAAUCAUUGGACGAGGCAGCUAGAUUGGAGCAAAAGAAUUCUGAUCUAAUUUUUGAGUUAGCUGUUCAAUAUGCAGAGCACCGAAAUCUGCCUGCAGCUUUACGCUAUGCGAAGCAGUUCUUUGAUGAAACUGGUGGAUCUGUAUUGAAAGGAUGGAGAUUGCUGGCUCUAGUUUUGUCUGCACAGAAAAGAUUUUCAGAGGCUGAAGUGGUGACAGAUGCUGCUUUAGAUGAGACUGCAAAAUGGGAGCAAGGUCCACUUCUCAGGUUGAAAGCGAAGCUGAAGAUUUCCCAAUCACGACCCAUGGAUGCUAUUGAAACUUACCGAUACCUUCUUGCAUUGGUUCAAGCCCAGAGGAAAUCCUUUGGACCUCUCAGAAUUAGUUCACAGGUGGAUGACAAGGUAGACGAAUAUGAUGUCUGGCAUGGCCUCGCGAAUUUAUAUGCAAGCCUUUCUCACUGGAAGGAUGCUGAAAUAUGUUUGCAAAAGGCCAGAGAAUUAAAGGAGCACUCAGCAGCUACAGCGCACACUGAAGGUGUUAUGUUAGACGGCCGCGGACAAGAUCAAGAAGCUCUGGCCACUGCAACAAAUGCUACAGUGCUUGAAUCAAGCCAUGUUCCAAGCAAGAUAUUGAUGGGUUCUUUGAUGAUGAAAAUGGGUCCGAAAGCUUUGCCUGCUGCUAGAAGCCUUCUUACUGAUGCACUCAGAGUCGAACCAACAAAUCGUAUGGCUUGGUAUCACUUGGGACUGACACACAAGUCUGAUGGCCGAAUGGCCGAUGCUGCUGAUUGCUUCCAGGCAGCAUUCAUGCUUGAAGAAACAGAUCCCAUUGAAAGUUUCAGCACUUUGCUGUGAUUGCAUUCCGUCACUAAAUGCUAUAAUAUGCUUUCAUAUAUUCUCACCCCAUCAUUAUCAGUUUUGAAACUGUAUCCUAUUUCUUUUAACUCCUUUUUGUUAUGGAUUAUUCUCAUCACAAACUAGGUUCAAAGGGAAAAAAAAAAGAGAAAAAGAGGAUUGAAUUUAAAAAUUACUUAGGCGAAAAUAAGUUGAGGGAUAUUUGAUUAAUCCGGUGGUAGGAUGGAUGAAUUGUAAAGUACUUAGGGGAUAUUUUAAAGUUGUUCACUUUGUGCAGUCUUGUAAAUGUAUGAUGCUUAACCAAGAUUUAUCAUAUAUAUAAUUUUUUUUUUUCA